AGGAACAGAGAGAGAGACCUAGACGUGCUGAAGACCCAGACAAGGAGCCGAGAGAGGGACUGAGAACACAACGCUGGAGCGCUCAGACAGCCACUCAAGAUCUUUUGGGGGAGCCCGAUAAAUGGGAACAUGGGCUCUGUCACCGGAGCUGUCCUAAAGACCCUACUUUUGUUAUCUACUCAAAAUUGGAACAGAGUCGAAGCCGGGAAUUCCUAUGAUUGUGACGACCCACUUGUGUCUGCCUUGCCUCAGUCAUCAUUCAGCAGUUCUUCUGAGCUCUCCAGCAGUCAUGGUCCUGGCUUUGCAAGGCUAAAUAGAAGAGAUGGAGCUGGUGGCUGGUCUCCACUUGUGUCGAACAAAUACCAGUGGUUGCAGAUUGACCUUGGAGAGAGAAUGGAGAUCACUGCUGUGGCCACCCAAGGGGGAUAUGGGAGCUCCAAUUGGGUGACCAGCUACCUCCUGAUGUUCAGUGAUAGUGGCAGGAACUGGAAGCAAUAUCGUCAAGAGGACAGCAUCUGGGGUUUUUCUGGAAACACAAAUGCAGACAGUGUGGUGCACUAUAGACUCCAGCCUUCUAUCAAAGCCAGACUUCUGCGCUUCAUCCCUUUGGAAUGGAACUCCAAGGGCAGAAUUGGAAUGCGAAUCGAGGUGUUUGGAUGCACAUAUAGAUCAGAGGUGGUUGAUCUUGAUGGAAAAAGUUCUCUUCUCUACAGAUUUGAUCAAAAAUCCCUGAGCCCAAUAAAAGAUAUUAUUUCUUUGAAAUUUAAAACCAUGGAGAGUGAUGGGAUUCUAAUCCACAGGGCAGGGUCAAAUGGAGAUCACAUCACAUUGGAAUUAAGAAGAGGAAAACUCUUUUUACUGAUUAAUUCAGGUGAAGCUAAGCUGCCCUCUGCUCACGCCCUGAUCAAUCUCACCCUGGGCAGUCUGCUGGAUGAUCAGCACUGGCAUUCUGUGCUCAUCCAGCGUUUGGGUAAACAAGUCAACUUUACAGUGGACGAGCACCAGCAUCGUUUCCACGCACAGGGAGAAUUCAAUUACCUGGAUCUUGAUUAUGAGAUCAGCUUUGGAGGGAUUCCAGCACCUGGAAAAUCAGUGUCAAUCCCACAUAAAAAUUUUCAUGGAUGUUUAGAAAAUCUCUAUUAUAAUGGAGUGGAUGUUACUGAUUUGGCCAAGCAACAAAAACCACAGAUUAUCGUUAUGGGAAAUGUGUCCUUUUCUUGUUCACAACCACAAUCGGUGCCUGUGACUUUUCUGAGCUCCAGGAGUUACUUAGCACUGCCAGGCUUUUCUGGAGAGGAUGAGAUUUCUGCUACUUUUCAAUUUCGAACCUGGAAUGAGGCAGGGCUUCUGCUAUUCAGUGAACUUCAACAGGUUUCAGGGGGUCUCCUCCUCUUUCUUAGUGAUGGAAAACUUAAGCUGAAUCUCUACCAGCCAGGAAAAUUACCCAGUGACAUCACUGCAGGUGUUGGAUUAAAUGAUGGGCAGUGGCAUUCUGUCUCCUUAUCUGCUGGAAGAAAUCAUGUGAGUUUGGCAGUGGAUGGCCAUGUGGCCUCUGCUGCUCCUUCACUGGUACCUGAGCAGAUUUAUUCGGGUGGCACCUAUUAUUUUGGAGGUUGUCCUGAUAAAAGCUUUGGAUCCAAAUGUAAAAGUCCACAUGAUGGAUUUCAAGGAUGUAUGAGACCGUGUUUGCCCAACUAUUGUGAACAUGGAGGUAGAUGUUCUCAGUCCUGGAGUGCCUUUCACUGUAACUGUACCAACACUGGUUACAGGGGAGCUACUUGCCAUAACUCUAUCUAUGAGCAAUCAUGUGAAGCCUACAAGUACAGAGGAAAUACUUCAGGAUUUUACUAUAUAGAUUCAGAUGGAAGUGGUCCCCUGGGGCCAUUUCUUCAAUACUGCAAUAUGACUGAAACUGCAUGGACCAUCAUACAGCACAAUGGCUCUGAGUUAACAAGAGUCAGAAAUACUAAUCCAGAGAACCCAUACGCUGGGUUUUUCGAGUAUGUGGCCAGCAUGGAGCAACUCCAGGCCACAAUCAACCUUGCGGAGCACUGUGAACAGGAGCUUACUUACUACUGCAAGAAGUCACGGCUUGUAAAUAAGCAAGAUGGAACCCCUCUGAGCUGGUGGAUUGGAAGAACCAACGAAGCACAAACUUACUGGGGAGGUUCUUUGCCUGAUCCUCAAAAAUGUACUUGUGGAUUAGAGGGAAACUGCAUUAAUUCUCAGUAUUAUUGCAAUUGUGAUGCUGACCGGAAUGAAUGGACCAAUGACACUGGAUUUCUUUCUUACAAAGAGCAUCUGCCAGUAACUAAGAUAGUGAUUACAGACACAGGCCGACCACAUUCAGAAGCUGCUUAUAAACUUGGGCCUCUGCUGUGCCGGGGAGACAGAGCAUUUUGGAAUUCGGCUUUCUUCAACACUGAGGCUUCAUAUCUACAUUUCCCUACUUUCCAUGGAGAACUUAGUGCUGACGUGUCUUUCUUUUUUAAGACAACAGCUUCAUCUGGGGUGUUUUUAGAGAACCUGGGGAUUACUGAUUUUAUUCGGAUAGAGUUGCGUUCUCCGACAGUAGUGACUUUUUCAUUUGACGUGGGGAAUGGGCCCUUUGAAAUCUCGGUGCAGUCACCUACCCACUUCAAUGACAACCAGUGGCACCAUGUUCGGGUUGAAAGGAACAUGAAAGAGGCAUCCAUUCAAGUGGAUCAGCUCUCACCAAAGACACAACCUGCUCCCACAGAUGGGCACGUCCUUUUACAGCUCAACAGUCAACUCUUUGUGGGUGGAACGGCCACCAGACAGAGAGGCUUUCUGGGCUGCAUUCGGUCUCUGCAAUUGAAUGGGAUGGCCCUGGAUUUGGAAGAAAGAGCCCAGGUGACUCCAGGAGUGGAGCCAGGUUGUAGGGGACAUUGCAGAAGCUAUGGAAAGUUAUGUCUCAAUGGAGGGAAAUGCAGAGAAAAGCCCAGUGGGAUCUCUUGUGACUGCACUUUCUCUGCAUACACAGGGCCAUUCUGCUCGCAUGAGAUUUCUGCAUAUUUUGGAUCUGGCUCAUCCGUGAUUUACAAUUUUCAAGAAAAUUAUUCCUUAAGUAAAAACUCCAGCUCCCACGCUGCUUCAUUUCAUGGUGAUAAGAAGAUGAGUAGAGAAAUGAUCAAAUUUAGCUUCAGAACAACACGAACACCAAGCUUACUGCUUUACACAAGCUCCUUUUACAAAGAAUACCUUUCAGUUAUCAUCGCCAGAAAUGGAAGUUUGCAGAUCAGGUACAAGCUAAAUAGAUAUCGAGAACCUGAUGUUGUUAACGUUGAUUUUAAAAAUAUGGCUGAUGGGCACCUUCACCACAUAAAGAUUGACAGAGAAGAUGGAGUGGUCUUUGUUGAGAUUGAUGAGAAUACAAGGAGACAAGUCUACCUGUCAUCAGGCACAGAAUUCAGUGCAGUCAAAUCUUUGGUACUGGGAAGGAUUUCAGAACACAGUGAUGUAGAUCAGGAGACGGCACUGGCUGGUGCUCAGGGCUUCGUGGGCUGCCUCUCUGCUGUACAGUUCAGCCAUGUGGCCCCUCUGAAGGCUGCUCUGUACCCCAGCCACCCAGCCCCCAUCACUGUCACAGGGCACGUGACUGAGUCUAGCUGUGUGACCCAGGCUGGCACCGAUGCCACAUCAAGGGAAAGGACACACUCAUUUGCAGAUCAUUCUGGAACAAUAGAUGACAGAGAACCUUUAACUAAUGCGAUCAAAAGUGACUCUGCAAUAAUUGGAGGUUUGAUAGCUGUUGUGAUCUUUAUCUUGCUUUGCAUCACUGCGAUAGCUGUCCGCAUUUAUCAGCAGAAAAGGUUAUACAAAAGAAAUGAGGCAAAAAGGUCAGAGAAUGUAGACAGUGCUGCAGCUGUUUUGAAAAGUGAUCUUAAUAUACAAAAUGCAGUCAGUGAAAACCAGAAAGAGUACUUCUUCUGAUUGACAGCUAUGAUUUAACUUAUAAUUAUGACAGUUUGUUUUAAUAGCCAGGGGCUCUCAAUGGACAAAAAAAAAAAAAAGUUUUUACACUGCGAAUACAGGCAAUGGACUUGCAGCACUGCCAUCUUGCCAUAUCCAGGCUUGGAAUGGUUCCAGGAGGCCUCAUCCAGUGACAUAUUUCUCAUUGUAAUCAUUCUGUGUAACAAGGGAUUAGAUAUUGCUGUUAAUUUCCAAUUGUCCUGAUAUGAUCUGAAACAAGUUUAACUGGCUUAAAUGACUACAGUUUUUAAAUGUGAAAACUGUAGUCCUGGUCUCUUAACCAUGUGAUGCAUAAGUUUUGUUAGAGGUAAAAAUCAAAAUUGGACUAUAAUGACCUUGCUUUAUUUGAGAACAUAUGCUGUGUUUGCUUUAGUCUUCCCAUGGUGUUAUUCAUAGACCUGGAAAUGCUUCUAAGAUCCUGUUUGGCUGGUGUUUGCAUCUUCAGUGGCCAGAAGUAUAUAAAACUCCUCUGCCUUCUCUGUAUUACAUUGAAUAUAAUACAUCAAUAAUCUCGAAAAAUGUUCUGUUGUUGUUCGUUUGUUUGUAUUGCUCUUUUUUCUAUUUGCCUCUUCUUAAUGAUUUUGAAUACAUUUUGCUUUGUGUGUCAGACUUCAACUCUGAACACACAAUUUAUAUGUAACAAAACUCAGAAAGUGUAGCAGUUGUCAGUAUGUGAUGUCUUCCACUUAGUUUGUUAUCAUUGUUUGAUAGUGACAAUUGUUAAGUCCCUGAGUAAUGCCAAAUUCCCAAAUACUGUAAAAUCUUUUCAACUAAAUUUGUUGAUAUAACAAAAUUCUUAUCACAGCAAAAAAUGAUUUUUUAAUUGCAACUGUAAUACCUCAAGUGAAGUAUACAUCUGAGAAUAUUUUCCCCAAACUGUAUGCCAGUUUUUUAUAGUUUUUUAUUUCUGUUUUUCUAAGGUUUAUCACUAACUUUUCUUUGCUCUCCCAUGGCUAUAUUCCAUCGAGCAACUUCUUAUGUAUUAGAAAAAAGAGACAAAUUGUAAUGUAGUGCUUAAUUCCCUAUUCUAAAAUAUAUACCUCUUCACAUAUACAUUUUGCUGUGCAUUGAUCUCCAGUAUAUAUAUUUUUGAAAUAUAAGCUGCAACCAUGCCUCUUUUCUGUACAACUAGUAAUUAAAGAAUACUUACUCUAGUGUAUUAUAUGAUCUAUA